GUUUUAUGUACACAUUAUGACUUCCUGUGCAAACCUGUUCGCAUCUCUUUAGCUAGCAGAAACAUAUGUUCAAUGCAUUAAUGAAGAUUUGCAUUUAAAGUCAAGUGAUUAAACAACUCCCUCUCAUCCACACCGAAGAACUAGUCCGAUAUCGUCGGAUGUACGUUGGUGUCAAGAGACAAGUGCUGUCUAACCGUCUUUAUGAGAGUGUGGGCUAGGGAAACUAACGGUAGCUAGCUGGGGUGAUAGCUGGCUGGCUAGCUACCAAGACCGAUUCACAUUAGUUAAAGGCCUGUGAUGUUUUUGAAUUCUUCUUUUUUAUCAUCAUCGUCUUUUUUAAGAUACACGGUAAAAACCAUUUAAAAAGUCAUGUCUGGUUUAAACGAAAGCGCGCUUAAGAAAAUGCUGUCCAAGCAAUACAAAUACAGAGAUUUGACAGUUCGUGAAGUCAUCAAUGUAACCUCUCAGUACAAGGAUCUGAAACCAGUCAUGGAUGCAUAUGUGUUUAACGAUGGCUCCAGCAAAGACUUGAUGAGUCUGACAGGAACAGUGCCAGUGAGCUACAGGGGAAACGUCUAUAAUAUUCCGGUGUGCCUGUGGCUCCUGGACAGCUACCCAUAUAAUCCCCCCAUCUGCUUUGUGAAGCCCACCAGUGCCAUGAUGAUCAAGACUGGGAAGCACAUUGAUGCCAACGGAAAAAUCUACUUGCCCUAUCUGCAUGAGUGGAAGCACCCUCAGUCGGACCUGUAUGGGCUGAUCCAGGUGAUGAUAGUGGUGUUUGGGGAGGAGCCUCCGGUCUUCUCGCGUCCCACAACGCAGGCCGCCUACCAGCCUUUCCCUGCCACUGGGCCUCCCAACCAGUCCUACAUGCCCGGGGUGCCAGCUGUGUCCCCCUAUGGCCCUGCCCACUCUCCCAGCCCUGGCGGGUACCCAGGGUAUGCCUAUCCUAGUGGAAACUCAUACCCCACUACAGCUGGCCCAACUCACUACAGCUCCCAGAAUCCUGUCCCCAGUGUGGUGCCGAGCCGAGACGGCACCAUUGGAGAGGACACCAUCCGCGCCUCACUGAUCUCUGCAGUGAGUGACAAGCUGCGCUGGAGGAUGAAGGAGGAGAUGGACCGGGCGCAGGCGGAGCUGGAUGCCCUGAAGCGCACCGAGGAGGACCUCAAGAGGGGCCAUCAGAGGCUGGAGGAGAUGGUGUCCCGCCUGGACCAGGAAGUGGCAGAGGUGGACAGGAAUAUCGAUCUGCUGAAACGGAAGGAUGAAGAGCUCAGUGCUGCCCUGGAGAAAAUGGAGAACCAAUCGGAAAACAAUGACAUUGAUGAUGUCAUUGUACCCACGGCCCCCCUCUACAAGCAGAUCCUGAACCUUUAUGCUGAGGAGAACGCCAUUGAGGACACCAUCUUCUACCUGGGGGAAGCGUUGCGACGUGGUGUCAUUGACCUGGAGGUCUUCCUUAAGCACGUGCGGCUCCUGUCCCGGAAGCAGUUUCAGCUGCGUGCGCUGAUGCAGAAAGCCCGCAAAACAGCCGGCCUCAGCGACCUUUACUGACCUCUGACCUCUCACCCCUCUCCCUCGUGUGGGAUCCUCCUCUCACACAAACCCCUCUCAUUUUUAUUUUAUAUGACUUUCUAUGUCCUCUUUAUGCCACCUUUCUGUAAAUCCAAGUUCAAGAGCAUGAGAGUGCUGCCUUUUUAUUGGCUUAGUGGCUGUGUUGCCAAAUACACACAGACAAACACUGCACACUCUCCCAGAGAAUCAUCUUCAAGAAAAGCAGUUUGUUGAUAUGUUUCCUCUGGUUUUUCUAAGAGAAAAGUUCAGAGAUCAAUCUAGACAGCCCAGAUGUCAGAGACCUGUACAGUUAAUUACAUCUGUAUGUGCUUCAUGUUUGCUCAUAAUAAUCUUCCAGAUCACAAACUCUGCCAGGUAUUUGGUGUUGUAAUAUAAGCAUCUUCCUGUCAGAGUCCACUUAAGACUGCAAACACAUGCCAGGGUAGCGUUAGCAUAGCGGCUGACCCAUGACCAUUAAUAGCAUAGCUUAUGAUAUGAGAAAUACAAUUUUAGCAUGUGAUGACGGGGAAUGGGAACUGGUGUAUAAAGUAAAAUGUUAAGAUAUGAAUGUGAAUAAUCAAACUGUGAACAGCAUAUUCAGAUAAAGGCAUGGUUUACGGCUUUUUCAUGUGUGAUAUCCUCUGAUUUUAGUGUAGAGGGUGCACACCAAAAAGAAAUAAUGCUGGGAGAAUUUGUCUUUAUUUUCUUUGUCUUUAGAGUUUCCAAAAAGAGCCGGUGUAAAAUAUGAUUUAACUGCGGACAGCAUCAUCACUGAUGUGUGAGAUACAAUGUUAGAAUAAUAAUACAGGAUAGCUAGUGUUAUGUAAAAGGAAAUACUAGGAUGUGAUGGGAUAUGAGCUGUAUGUGGUGUCUGCGCUGCAUAGUUGACAUUCAGUAAAGUGGCUUCUUGCUCUUUAGUUUGAAAGGCCAUAUACUGGUAACAUAGGAAAGGUUGAGCUAAAAAUACAAGUAAGCCAUUACCCUUUCAGCUUGACUGGGGUGAGCUCCUGAAGAUGUACAUCCCUGUGUAGUCUCUUACAAAAUGGCUGCUGUGUGUAGGACUGCACCAACAUGGAUGACUCUUGAGUUUUAAUCUUCAGAAUUUACGGGGCUGAUCUUUAAGUGAAGAAACUGACAUCACCUUCUGCUGAAUGCUCUACCCUCUGUUGCCAUUUUAUGCAUUUGACAGUCAAUCCAGACUAAUUUAUACAGACAUACAGAGGGACACACACACAUUCAUUUAGACUGGUAUGUCCACUGCUUGAGUCAGUGGCAGACACCACCUCCCACAGACUCAAUAAGUCGGACACAUCUCCCUACUGGCUCAUUAGUUGAUAAAUCACAGCCUGUCUGGACUGUCUGUUAAUAACCAUCAUUCUACACAACAUCAGGCCAAACCCCUGCAGUUAUGUGGGGAAAUCUGUUGCUGUGUCUGGGCACUAUUUGGGGAUUUGAAUCCACUGAUCAAGGUCUUACACAGGGGUGAGUUUUCUGCUGUUAUGCUUUUCCUUUUAUCCUUUCUCGAUUCACUGCUGAGAAUCCCUCUUACUAUUCAGAAGUAAGGCAUAUAUUAUGUAUGUAUAAUGUAUGUAUUAUAGAUGUCUGGAUGUUCUCAUUUCAAGUGCUCUUCGGUGUGUUUUAAAUAUGUAUAUGUAUAAACUGUGCAUCUGCACUGCCUAGUCCUCUGGGUCUUAUGGAAGUUAAAGAAUGGGGUAUGCAUUAAAAUACACAUUUGGAGGCAUAAACGAGUGCAUUUCUGUUCCCUGCCAGUCACCACCAGCUUACCGUUUACUUUUUCCUAUAUUAUGUACAUUUAAUUAGGUUUUUUUCCCUUAGUUACUGUCAGUGUUGUUUUGAAUCGGAAUUAUGCACAAACACAACUCCAAACUUACUCCAGGCUAACUUAUUUCAGUGAAUAUUGAAGUUAUUUUUCUGUUUAAUUUUUAGUUUUGCGUUAAGAAGCACUUUCAAGGAGCUGUAAAAUGUUAUCAUUAGUUUGGCGGUUUAAUUUGAAAAUAAAGACAAAUUUCCACAUGCA